AUGAGUGAAAAGGAGUUAGUGUUGUCCGUAGAAGAGCUCUGCCACAGGAGGACUGUCAAAAAGGUAGUAGGGCAGCAAAGCCAUGAAGCUGAUAAUCAAAGUUUUGUGGUGCCCAUUUCCGACAUGCCGAAGGAGGUUAAUGAUGUCACUGCCGGCGUCAACAACCAUGAAAAUGUCAAAAACAUUCCAGCAGGUAGCAGCUCAACAACCGAGCAAGGUAGAUGGAGAAAAAAAAAAUCAAAGCCAAAGAUACAGAAGGUGCCCAAGCUUCUCCAAGGUCGCAAGAAUGACAAGGAUUUCAAUUACUUUGUGCCGAGGGUGGUAUCGAUUGGCCCCAUUCAUCACCGAAAUGAGAAGCUGGAGGAAGAGUCCAAGAAUGAAUUGGCUGCGAAAUUCAUCGGAGAAAGUAAAAAAGCAGCGCAAGAUUUGUUCGAUUCCAUCAAAAACAAAAUUGCCCAUUUGAAGACGAAAUUCAAUGAGCAGGUUCUCAAAGACUAUGAUGAUGAUACUCUGAGCUUGAUGUUGGUCGUGGAUGGAUGUUUCAUACUUCAGUUCAUCAAAAUGUACAGCAAACCGGAAGAUGAUGAUUCGGAAAUCGCCAACAUCAACAGCGGACAAGUGGCCUUGAUUAAACAGGAUCUGUUCUUGUUGGAGAAUCAAAUUCCUUAUGAAGUGCUUGAAACUUUGAUGGAAUCUACUCCAUCAAGCAAAGUCGAUAAUAAUGAGGAGAUGAAGAAAUCUGUCAAGAAGUUCAUUCAGAUGAAUGUUAUGUCCCCAAGCAAGUACUCAGAGAACAUAAAAAUAGACUUGGAUAAUAAACCGUUGCACCUUCUGGACCUUCUCCGAUCAGCGCUGCUCCAAGGACGCGCAGAAGGGCAUCGUGAUCCCGAUCCAGAGUACACUCGAACUUUCCGCAACCUCCAGGAUGUAAAAGCAGCCGGAGUAAUGGUGGAGCCGAGCAACAGUUGCUCUCUAAGAGACGUGAGUUUCAGCAGUUUCUGCUUCAACGGAUACCUCAAGCUACCUCCACUGAUCAUCGAUGAUUCGACCAAACGAAAUUUUUUUAACUUAGUCGCGUACGAGAUGUGUCCAGACAACUUUUCAACCGGACGAGGAGUCACCUGCUGCCUUUACUUCCUUAAUUCGCUCAUUGAUAAUGGAGAAGACGCUAAGGAUAUGAGGAUGGCCAACAUAUUCCGGAACAGGCUGAACAACGACGAUGACGUUGCUAAGUUCUUUAAUGAUAUUGGAACCGAAUUGGUUCCAUCUCCUGCUUAUGUCGAUGUAAAGAAGAAAAUACAGAACCACUGUGACAGUAAGUUGACGGUUUGGGUUGCUCAAGCGUACCGUGACCAUUUCAGUAGUCCCUGGUUUGUUUUGGCUCUUAUAGCUACUCUCAUUGUUCUUGCUCUUACAGGUGUUCAGACCUGGUUCACAAUUAAUCCCAGAUAA